AUGAAAGUAGACAGGACUAAGCUGAAGAAGACACCUACAGAAGCUCCUGCAGACUGCCGGGCUUUAAUAGACAAACUUAAGGUUUGUGAUGAUGACCAGCUUCUUUUAGAACUUCAGCAAAUCAAAACAUGGAAUAUUGGAAAGUGUGAGUUAUAUCAUUGGGUUGACUUAUUGGACCGCUUUGAUGGGAUCCUAGCAAAUGCUGGACAAACAGUGGACAACAUGUCUUGGAUGCUGGUGUGUGACAGACCUGAAGAAGAACAAUUAAAAUUACUUUUGUUGGGUGUGUUGAACUUCACAGCCUUGCUCAUAGAAUACAGCUUUUCUAGGCAUCUUUACAGUUCUAUAGAGCACCUGACUACAUUAUUGGCUUCUUCUGAUAUGCAAGUAGUACUUGCAGUGCUGAAUCUUUUGUAUGUCUUUAGCAAAAGAUCAAACUAUAUCACUAGACUGGGUUCUGACAGGAGGACUCCACUGCUGUCUCGACUGCAACAUUUGGCAGAGAGUUGGGGUGGAAAGGAAAACGGCUUUGGACUUGCAGAAUGUUGUAGAGAUUUGCAUAUGUUGAAAUACCCACCCAGUGCAACUACUCUGCACUUUGAAUUUUAUGCAGACCCAGGGACUGAGGUCAGACUUGAAAAAAGGACUUCCAGUAACACACUACAUUACAUUCACAUAGAGCAGCUUGAUAAAAUUUCAGAAAGUUCUUCUGAAAUCAUGGAAUCUCUUACCAAAAUGUACAGCAUUCCAAAAGACAAGCAGAUGCUACUGUUUACACAUAUACGGCUAGCCCAUAGUUUUUCUAAUCAUAAGAAGAGAUUGCAAGCUGUUCAGGCAAGACUACAUGCAAUUUCAAUAUUAGUGUAUUCAAAUGCCUUACAAGAAUCGGCUAAUAGUAUCCUGUAUAAUGGCUUGAUAGAAGAGUUGGUAGAUGUACUUCAGAUUACAGAUAAGCAUCUCAUGGAUAUUAAGGCAGCAUCCUUAAGGACAUUAACAUCAAUUGUACAUUUGGAAAGAACACCCAAACUUAGCAAUAUUAUUGAUUGCACGGGAACUGCCUCCUAUCAUGGAUUUUUACCUGUCUUAGUUCGAAACUGUAUCCAAGCUAUGAUUGAUCCUUCAAUGGAACCAUAUCCCCACCAAUUUGCCACUGCUCUUUUCUCCUUCUUAUACCACCUAGCCAGCUACGAUGCAGGUGGUGAGGCAUUGGUAUCCUGUGGCAUGAUGGAAGCCUUACUUAAGGUGAUAAAGUUCCUUGGAGAUGAACAGGACCAGAUAACCUUUGUAACUCGAGCCGUCAGAGUUGUCGACCUUAUUACCAACCUAGACAUGGCAGCUUUUCAAUCACAUAGUGGACUCUCUAUCUUCAUUUAUAGAUUAGAGCAUGAAGUAGAUUUGUGCAGAAAAGAGUGUCCUUUUGUGAUAAAGCCAAAAAUCCAGAGACCCAGUGCUACUCAAGAUGGAGAAGAAAUGGAGACAGAUAUGGAUGGACCCCAAUGCAUUCCUCAACGUGCAGCACUUCUCAAGUCUAUGCUCAAUUUUCUUAAAAAGGCUAUCCAAGAUCCUGCUUUCUCAGAUGCUAUCCGUCAUGUGAUGGAUGGCUCUUUACCUACCUCUUUAAAACAUAUCAUCAGUAAUGCAGAAUACUAUGGGCCAUCACUUUUCCUGCUAGCUACUGAAGUGGUAACUGUAUUUGUGUUUCAAGAACCAUCGUUUUUGUCAUCCUUGCAAGAUAAUGGCCUGACUGAUGUCAUGCUACAUGCAUUGCUUAUCAAAGAUGUCCCUUCAACCCGAGAGGUACUUGGUUCCCUGCCAAAUGUGUUCAGUGCCCUUUGUUUGAAUGCCAGAGGUCUUCAAUCAUUUGUUCAGUGUCAACCUUUUGAACGUCUCUUCAAAGUGCUACUUUCUCCUGACUACCUUCCUGCUAUGCGAAGGAGGAGGAGUUCUGAUCCCCUUGGUGAUACUGCUUCCAAUCUGGGCAGUGCGGUUGAUGAACUGAUGAGGCAUCAGCCCACACUCAAAACAGAUGCUACAACUGCAAUUAUUAAGCUAUUAGAAGAGAUAUGUAAUCUUGGAAAGGAUCCAAAAUACAUUUGUCAGAAACCAUCCAUUCAGAAAGCUGAUGGCACUGCUUCAGCUCCUCCCCCAAGGUCUAAUCAUGCUGCAGAAGAGGCUUCCAGUGAAGAUGAGGAAGAAGAAGAAGUACAAGCUAUGCAGAGCUUUAAUACUACUCAGCAAAAUGAAACUGAAGCAAACCAACAAGUCUUUGGAACUGAAGAAAGGAGUCCUAUUCCACUAAUGGAUUACAUUUUAAAUGUGAUGAAAUUUGUGGAGUCCAUUCUAAGUAAUAAUACAACAGAUGACCAUUGUCAAGAGUUUGUGAGCCAAAAGGGAUUGCUACCCCUGGUCACUAUUUUGGGCCUCCCCAAUCUGCCUAUUGACUUCCCAACAUCAGCUGCCUGCCAAGCUGUGGCUGGAGUUUGCAAAUCUAUACUGACUCUGUCACAUGAACCAAAAGUUCUUCAAGAGGGACUCUUGCAAGUAGAUUCAAUCCUUUCAUCUUUGGAUUUGCUGCAUCGGCCAAUUGAGUCCCCUGGAGGAUCAGUGCUUCUUCGAGAGCUUGCUUGUUCUGGAAGUGUUGCAGAUGCUACACUUUCUGCCCAGGCCACUCCCCUUCUACAUGCUCUUACAGCUGCCCAUGCAUAUAUAAUGAUGUUCGUUCAUACCUGCAGGGUUGGACAGAGUGAAAUCCGUGCCAUCUCAGUGAAUCAAUGGGGCUCCCAGCUAGGUCUCAGUGUCCUGAAUAAGUUGAGCCAAUUAUACUGUUCCCUGGUCUGGGAAAGUACAGUUUUACUUUCACUAUGUACUCCAAACAGUCUCCCCUCAGAAUGUGAAUUUGGUCAAAUGGACAUGCAGAAACUGAUUCCAAGAGAGGAAAAAAUAGCCAGUUCAGCAGCCCAGGGAGUCAAGAGAACCGGAGGAGAAAUAGAAGGAUCAACAGGAAUUGUUGAAACUUCCACCCAUGGCCUUUUGGAAGGCAUUGGACUAGAUGGAGACUCCCUAACACCUAUGGAAACUGAUGAACCUAGUACUUCAGACUCCAAAGGAAAAUCCAAAAUCACACCAGCUAUGGCAGCUAGGAUCAAACAGAUUAAGCCUUUACUGUCAGCCUCCUCCAGAUUGGGCCGGGCUCUUGCUGAGCUUUUUGGGCUUCUCGUUAAACUGUGUGUGGGAUCUCCUGUAAGACAAAGAAGAAGCCAUCAUUCAGCCAGUAGUACUACAGCACCAACACCUGCAGCAAGAUCAACAGCCUCAGCUCUCACCAAACUUCUUACUAAGGGCUUAUCCUGGCAGCCUCCACCAUAUACACCUACACCAAGAUUUAGAUUGACUUUUUUCAUCUGUUCAGUUGGUUUCACUUCCCCAAUGUUGUUUGAUGAAAGAAAAUAUCCUUAUCAUCUUAUGCUGCAGAAGUUUCUAUGCUCUGGUGGCCACAAUGCUCUUUUUGAGACUUUUAAUUGGGCUCUUUCCAUGGGAGGCAAAAUUCCUGUGUCUGAGGGACUCGAACAUCCAGACCUGCCUGAUGGCACAGGAGAAUUUCUAGAUGCUUGGCUUAUGCUGGUAGAAAAAAUGGUGAACCCAACCACUGUGCUUGAAUCCCCACAUUCACUCCCUUCUAAGUUGCCCGGGAGCCAAAACUGGCCACAGUUCAGUGCUCUCCGCUUCCUUGUAGUAACUCAGAAGGCGGCCUUCAUCUGCAUAAAAAAUCUAUGGAACCGGAAGCCUUUAAAAGUUUAUGGUGGGCGGAUGGCUGAAUCCAUGCUGGCCAUCCUGUGCCACAUCCUACGUGGAGAGCCCGUUAUCCAAGAGAGACUAAGUAAAGAGAAAGAGGGAACAAAAGGAGAGGAAGAUUCUGGGCAGGAGGAAGGUUGCUCCCGUCGAGAACCUCAAGUGAACCAACAGCAACUGCAACAGCUAAUGGACAUGGGCUUUACAAGAGAACAUGCUUUGGAAGCCUUAUUGAAUACUAGCACCAUGGAACAAGCCACUGAGUACCUGUUAACACACCCUCCCCCACUCAUGGGUGGUGUUGUUAGGGAUCUCAGCAUGUCAGAAGAGGACCAGAUGAUGAGAGCAAUUGCCAUGUCUCUGGGACAAGAUAUUCCAAUGGAUCAAAGGGUGGAAUCCCCUGAGGAAGCUACUUGUAGGAAAGAGGAGGAAGAGCGAAAGGCCCGGGAAAAACAGGAAGAGGAAGAGGCCAAAUGUUUGGAGAAAUUUCAGGAUGCUGAACCCCUGGAACCAGAAGAACUGCACAAUUUCACAGACUCCAUGUUACCAGGUUGUUUCCACCUUUUGGAUGAGCUGCCGGACACUGUAUAUCGGGUGUGUGAUCUGAUCAUGACUGCCAUCAGACGCAAUGGAGCUGAUUACCGGGACAUGAUUUUGAAGCAAGUGGUCAAUCAGGUUUGGGAAGCAGCUGAUGUUUUGAUCAAAGCUGCUCUUCCUUUGACAACUAGUGACACAAAAACCGUGUCUGAAUGGAUCAGCCAGAUGGCUACCCUUCCACAGGCUUCAAAUUUGGCUACAAGGAUUUUACUGCUUACAUUGCUCUUUGAGGAAUUGAAGCUCUCCUGCGCUCGAAUAGUCGAAUCUAGCGGGAUCCUCAACAUCUUAAUCAAACUCCUGGAAGUUGUACAACCCUGCCUACAGGCUGCUAAAGAGCAGAAGGAAAUCCACACUCCAAAGUGGAUCACUCCAGUACUACUUCUAAUAGACUUCUAUGAGAAAACGGCCAUCUCCUCCAAAAGGAGAGCACAGAUGAAUAAGUAUCUACAAGCUAACAGCAAUAACUGGCGUUGGUUUGAUGAUCGAUCUGGACGUUGGUGUAGCUAUAGUGCAAGCAACAAUAGCACAAUAGACACAGCCUGGAAAGCUGGAGAUACAAGUGUAAGAUUUACAGCAGGCAGAAGGAGGUAUACAGUGCAGUUCACUACAAUGGUACAGGUCAAUGAAGAAACUGGAAACAGGCGCCCUGUGAUGUUGACUCUAUCAAGAGUUCCACGGCCAAACAAAAACUCAAAAAAUACUCUCGGGUCAGAAGUGGAGAAUACUUUGGAAGAAGGCAAAGAUGUACACAUCAAGCCAAAGGAUGAAAAAGUCAAUGAAACAUCCUUGGCUCCUGAAGGUACUUACCUUGAGAAGGAGAUUACUGCUGAGGAUACCAAGUCAGGAGAGAUUUUGAUCCAGGGUCUUACAGAAGAAAUGGUGACCAUCUUGAUCCGAGCUUGUGUGAGCAUGCUGGGUGUUCCCGUGGACCCAGACACACUGCACGCCACUUUGCGCCUUUGCCUGAGGCUCACCCGAAAUCACAAAUAUGCUAUGAUGUUCGCAGAGCUGAAGAGUACUCGGAUGAUCCUAAAUUUGACCCAGAGCUCAGGUUUUAAUGGAUUCACACCGUUGGUGACUCUUCUCUUAAGGCACAUUAUUGAGGACCCAUGUACUCUUCAUCAUACCAUGGAAAAAGUUGUAAGGUCUGCAGCCACAAGUGGAGCAGGGAGCACUACCUCUGGGGUUGUGUCUGGUAGCCUUGGAUCCCGGGAGAUCAACUAUAUCCUUCGCGUUCUUGGACCUGCUGCGUGCCGUAAUCCAGAUAUCUUUACUGAAGUUGCAAAUGGAUGUGUCCGUAUUGCCCUUCCUGCUCCGAGAGGCUCUGGGACUACUUCAGAUGACGAAUUUGAGAAUCUGAGAAUCAAAGGUCCAAAUGCUGUUCAGCUAGUGAAGACGACCCCUGUUAAGCCUGCUCCUCUGCCUGUCAUUCCUGAUGCCAUCAAGGAAGUGAUAUAUGACAUGCUGAAUGCCUUAGCUGCCUAUCAUGCUCCAGAGGAAGAUAAAUCUGAACCCAAAUCUGGAGUGAUGACUCGAGAAAUAAGCCAUAUUCUGCAAGACAUGGGGGAUGAUAUGUAUCAGCAGUAUAGGUCAUUGACACAAGGCAGUGACUUUGAUACCCAAACUGGUUUCACUAUUAAUGCUCAAGUUUUUGCUGCAGAUGGUGCAUCUACUGAGACACCCCAGUCAAGUACCUCUCAAGGAGAAGUUUUGACUUCAGAAGAAUGUCGAGAAGAAAAAAAAGACAAGGAAGGGGACCGGGUCUUUGAAGAAAGCAAACAGAAAACCAAAGGCAGCAAACCUUUAAUGCCAACCUCCACUAUCCUUCGGCUAUUGGCUGAGUUGGUGAGAUCUUAUGUUGGCAUUGCCACCCUGAUUGCCAAUUACAGCUACACUGUGGGGCAGUCUGAACUAAUCAAAGAGGAUUGCAGUGUUCUGGCAUUUGUCCUGGAUCACCUUCUUCCACAUACCCAGAAUACAGAAGACAAAGAUACUCCAGCUUUGGCCCGCCUCUUUCUUGCCAGCUUGGCUGCAGCAGGCAGUGGAACAGAUGCUCAAGUGGCUUUGGUAAAUGAAGUUAAAGCUGCAUUAGGUCGAGCUUUGGCAAUGGCUGAGAGUACAGAAAAACAUGCCAGACUCCAGGCAGUGAUGUGCAUCAUCAGUACUAUUAUGGAGUCCUGUCCCUCAACAUCCAGCUUUUACAGCAGUGCCACAGCAAAGACGCAACACAAUGGCAUGAAUAACAUCAUCAGACUCUUUUUGAAGAAGGGACUAGUGAAUGAUCUCGCACGAGUACCACAUAGUUUAGAUCUCUCCAGCCCUAACAUGGCCAACACUGUCAAUGCUGCCCUGAAGCCUUUGGAAACGUUGUCACGGAUUGUCAACCAACCCAGUAGUCUCUUUGGCAGCAAGAGUGCUUCCAGCAAGAGCAAAUCUGAGCAAGAUGCCCAGGGAACCUCUCAUGGGGCUAACAGCAGCACACAGGAUCCAGGGUUAACUGGUGAGGCAGAAGUACAUGAGGAGGAUCAUGAUGUCACUCAGACAGAGGUAGCAGACGGGGAUAUAAUGGAUGGAGAAACUGAAAAUGAUACUGUUGUGAUUGCUGGGCAACCAGAGGUACUUAGUACCCAGGAGAUGCAGGUAGAAAAUGAGCUGGAGGACUUGAUAGAUGAGUUGCUUGAGCGGGAUGGUGGAUCAGGAAACAGUACAAUCAUAGUGGGCAGAAGCGGAGAGGACGAGUCACAGGAGGAUGUGUUGAUGGAUGAAGCUCCCUCCAACCUCAGCCAGGGUUCCACCUUACAGGCCAACCGAGAAGAUUCAAUGAAUAUCUUGGAUCCUGAAGAUGAGGAGGAGCACACUCAGGAAGAAGACAGCAGUGGUAGCAAUGAUGAUGAAGAUGACAGUCAAGAUGAAGAGGAGGAAGAGGAGGAAGAUGAUGAUGAUCAGGAUGAUGAAGGUGAAGAGGGAGAUGAGGAUGAUGAGGAUGAUGAGGAUGAUGAGGAUGAGGAUGAUGAGGAGGAUGAUGAGGAUGAUGAGGAUGAUGAGGAUGAUGAGGAUGAUGAGGAUGAUGAUGGAUCUGAGAUGGAACUGGAUGAAGAUUAUCCUGACAUGAAUGCUUCUCCUCUAGUCCGGUUUGAGCGCUUUGAUCGAGAAGACGACCUCAUAAUUGAGUUUGACAACAUGUUCUCCAGUGCUACAGACAUACCCCCAUCCCCAGGAAACAUCCCUGCUACACAUCCACUGAUGGUACGGCAUGCGGACCAUAGCGCACUUACACUUGGUAGUGGCUCUUCUACUACUCGACUUGCACAAGGCAUUGGUCGAAGCCAAAGAACAUUGAGGCAAUUGACUGCCAACACAGGCCACACAAUCCAUGUUCAUUACCCUGGAAGUAGACAGCCCAAUCCUCCUCUAAUUCUGCAGAGGUUGCUGGGUCCCUCUGCUGCCGCGGAUAUUCUUCAACUGAGUAGCAGUCUCCCCCUGCAAAGCCGGGGACGAGCUCGCCUCCUUGUGGGUAAUGAUGAUGUACAUAUCAUUGCUCGUUCAGAUGAUGAAUUACUUGAUGACUUCUUCCAUGAUCAGAGCACAGCUACAAGCCAAGCAGGAACUCUUUCUAGCAUUCCCACAGCCUUAACCAGAUGGACAGAAGAAUGUAAAGUUCUUGAUGCUGAGAGUAUGCAUGACUGUGUUUCUGUGGUAAAAGUACCCAUCAUCAAUCACUUGGAAUCUCUAAGAGAUGAGGAACUGGAGGAGAGGCGAGAGAAAAGAAGGAAACAGCUUGCUGAGGAAGAAGCUAAGAUAGCUGAAAUGACUAAAGAAGAGAAAGAGAAUAAGGAUCAGAAUGCACAGGUUACCACAUCUAAAACGGAUGAUACUGCUGAACAGAAUCUUUCAGAUAGCACUAUCAAGCCUGAUGACUAUCCAACUACAACAUGUCCAGCAGAAGGCAUCUCUGUUAGACCCAAACAGUCUCUUGUUACUCUGGAAACUUUACCAUCCCCACCAGCUGUUGGAGAACUGUCUCAGCAGCUUCAUGUCCCUGAUACACCAGAAUCAUCUUCACAACUUCUUAUACCUGUGGAACAAGAAGUCUUAAGUCCUACAAGACCAAGUGGGGAAACAGAAGCAAUACAAAUGGAGUUAUCACCAGCUCCCACAAUAACUUCAUCUCCAGAAAGAGCUGAGGAUUCAGAUGUUCUGACUGCUGUGAGCAGCCACUUGGAAGGCUCCCCCAUGGAUACUAGCAGUCUGGCCUCCUGCAACUUGGAGGAGGGAGUUGGGGACAGUGUAAUAUCCAGCAGCAUAGAGCAACCUGGGAUAGAUACCAAUAGUACUGUGGAUAUUCCUCAGCCCAGUACAGAAACACAGGGCAGUGGAGAUGGACCAAGCGAGUCUCAGCAACAAACUGAAGACAGCUCUCCUCCAGCUUCAUCUUCUGAAAGUUCCUCCACCCGAGAUUCUGCUGUAGCCAUUUCUGGCGCAGAUUCCAGGGAUAACCUUGAAGAACCAUUACCUUCAACAAGCAGUGAAGAAGAAGAUCCUCUUGCAGGUAUCAAUCUUCCUGAGGGUGUAGAUCCAUCUUUUUUGGCUGCUCUGCCAGAUGACAUCCGACGAGAAGUCUUACAAAAUCAACUGGGCAUUCGACCUCCUGCAAGAGGCACUCCAGCAACCACUAAUUCUGUUCCUCCUGUUGUUGGGAAUCCCAGUUUGACUGAAGUGAGCCCUGAAUUCCUGGCUGCUUUGCCUCCAGCUAUUCAAGAAGAGGUGUUAGCACAGCAGAGGGCUGAGCAACAGAGGCGAGAACUAGCACAGAAUGCUAAUUCAGACACACCAAUGGAUCCAGUGACCUUCAUCCAGACAUUGCCAUCUGAUCUUCGCCGCAGUGUUUUAGAAGACAUGGAAGACAGUGUAUUAGCUGUUAUGCCACCAGACAUUGCUGCAGAAGCCCAAGCCUUACGGCGAGAACAGGAAGCCCGGCAGAGACAGCUUAUGCAUGAGAGAUUGUUUGGGCAUAGCAGCACUUCAGCAUUAUCUGCCAUCCUUCGGAGUCCAGCUUUCACAAGUCGCCUGAGUGGUAACCGAGGAGUUCAGUAUACACGACUUGCUGUACAAAGAGGUGGCACUUUCCAAAUGGGAGGAAGCAGACCUUCAGGCAGCAAUAUGGAAAGUCUACUCCGCCUCCGUGGCCGUCUCCUUCUGGACCAUGAAGCUUUGUCUUGCCUUUUGGUCCUACUUUUUGUGGAUGAACCUAAACUUAAUACAAGUCGCCUACAUAGGGUCCUGCGUAACCUUUGCUAUCAUGCACAGACACGACAUUGGGUAAUCCGGAGCCUGCUUUCCAUUCUUCAGCGUAGCAGUGAAAGUGAAUUGUGCAUAGAAAUCCCCAAGUCAGUUGCUGCUGAGGACAAGGGGAAGAAGUCAUCAAAAGGUGGUACCUCAGGGAGCCUUGAUGGCCGUUCCUUGGAUCUAUUGCAUAAAAUGGAAUCUAAGAGUUCCAAUCAGCUUUCUUGGCUCUCUGUGUCUAUGGAUGCAGCCCUGGGUUGCCGAACAAAUAUUUUCCAGAUUCAGAGGUCAGGAAGUCGAAAGCACAUGGAGAAACAUACUGGCUGUGGUUCCACUGUCCAUAUCCAUCCUCAAGCUGCACCAGUGGUCUGCAGACAUGUUCUAGACACACUUAUUCAGUUGGCUAAGGUAUUUCCCAGCCAUUUUACACAACAACGGACCAAAGAGACAAAUUGUGAGAGUGACCGGGAGAGGAGCAACAAACAGGCUGGCAGCCCAUGUCCUGGGCAGUCCUCCAGUAGUGGUAUCUCCACUGACUUUUGGGACUUGUUGGUAAAACUUGACAAUAUGAAUGUUAGCCGGAAAGGCAAAAAUUCAAUCAGGUCUGUACCAGUGAGUGCUGGUGGUGAAGGCGAGACAUUUUCAUAUAGUCUGGAGGGUUCACCGCUGGGGCAGCUCAUGAAUAUGUUGUCCCACCCAGUCAUUCGACGGAGCUCUCUCCUGACUGAGAAGCUUCUCAGACUCUUAUCUCUCAUCUCCAUUGCUCUCCCAGAAAACAAAAUGCCAGAAGUACUAGCCAAUCAUGUCUCUGCUGUCACCGCAUCUUGUACCACAGCCACCACCACUACAGUUGCCGCUGCUCCUGUCACACCUAUCCUUGCUUUAGAUGUAACUGGGGCUGCUGAAUUGACAACUUCAAGUAAUGUUUCAGUUACUAGUACUAAGAACAUCAAAGCUUCUGCAAAGGCUGGUGAAGGGGGCAGUGGUGGCAGUGCUGACAGAAUAGUGGCAGCAGGUCUAACAGAAAAUCAGCUCCAACUCUCCGUGGAGGUAUUGACAUCACAUUCCUGUUCAGAAGAGGGACUAGAAGAUGCAGCCAAUGUUUUAUUGCAACUCUCCAGGGGAGACUCUUUGACCCGAGACACUGUACUUAAGUUGCUUUUGAAUGGUGCCAGACACCUAGGUUAUGCCCUCUGCAAACAAAUCGGGACCCUUCUAGCUGAACUUCGAGAAUACAAUUUGGAACAGUUACGUCGAACCCAUUGUGAAACUCUUUCUCCAGAAGGUUUACCUGAAGAACAACCACAAGCCACUAAGUUAAAAGGAAAAAUGCAGAGCAGGUUUGAUAUUGCUGAGAAUGUGGUGAUAGUAGCCUCUCAAAAACGCCCUUUGGGUGGCCGAGAACUACAAUUACCUUCUAUGUCCAUGCUGACAUCCAAGACAUCCACACAGAAGUUUUUUCUAAGAGUUCUCCAAGUUAUCAUUCAACUUCGAGAUGAUACUCGAAGGGCUAAUAAGAAAGCCAAGCAAACAGGCAGGCUAGGUACCUCAAGCUUGGGCUCGGCUAGUAGCAUCCAAGCAGCUGUUCGGCAGCUGGAGGCUGAGGCCGAUGCCAUUAUACAAAUGGUACGUGAGGGUCAAAGGGCACGGAGACAACAACAAGCAGCCACGUCGGAGACAGGACAGUCAGAAGUUUCUACUCGAAGAGAUGAUUCUCCCAUGGAUGUGGAUCAGCCAUCCCCUAGCACUCCAGAGGUGCAAUCUGUUGGUUCUGAAAGAGUUCAACAGGGAGAGAAGGAAAAAGAGGAAAGACCUCCAGAUCUUCCCUUACUCAGUGAACAGUUGAGCCUGGAUGAGCUUUGGGAUAUGCUGGGUGAAUGUUUGAAAGAACUAGAGGACUCCCAUGACCAACAUGCUGUAUUAGUGCUACAACCUGCUGUUGAGGCUUUUUUCCUAGUACAUGCCACAGAAAGAGAGAGCAAACCACCUAUACGAGAUACCCGUGAAAGCCAACUUGCCCACAUCAAAGAUGAGCCUCCACCACUUUCUCCUGCCCCUUUAACCCCUGCAACUCCUUCCUCUCUGGACCCAUUCUUCUCCAGGGAGCCUUCAUCUAUGCAUAUCUCCUCUAGUCUACCCCCUGACACACAGAAGUUUCUUCGAUUUGCUGAAACCCAUCGAACUGUGUUAAACCAGAUUCUCCGUCAAUCUACCACCCAUCUUUCAGAUGGGCCCUUUGCUGUCCUUGUGGACUAUAUCCGGGUCCUUGACUUUGAUGUAAAACGCAAAUAUUUCCGCCAAGAACUAGAACGCUUAGAUGAGGGUCUCCGGAAAGAAGACAUGGCUGUGCAUGUUCGUCGUGACCAUGUUUUUGAAGAUUCUUAUCGGGAGCUUCAUCGAAAAUCCCCAGAAGAAAUGAAGAAUCGAUUGUACAUAGUAUUUGAAGGAGAAGAAGGCCAAGAUGCUGGAGGACUUCUUCGGGAAUGGUACAUGAUCAUUUCAAGGGAAAUGUUUAACCCUAUGUAUGCCUUGUUCCGGACUUCACCAGGCGACCGUGUCACCUAUACUAUCAACCCUUCCUCCCACUGUAAUCCCAACCACCUUAGUUACUUCAAGUUUGUUGGGCGAAUUGUGGCUAAGGCUGUCUAUGACAACCGUCUUCUAGAGUGCUAUUUCACUAGAUCCUUCUAUAAACACAUUCUGGGCAAGUCAGUCAGGUAUACAGAUAUGGAAAGUGAAGACUACCACUUCUAUCAAGGCCUAGUCUACCUGCUGGAAAAUGAUGUCUCUUCACUUGGAUAUGAUCUUACUUUCAGUACUGAGGUUCAAGAGUUUGGAGUCUGUGAAGUUAGGGAUCUCAAGUCAAAUGGAGCUAAUAUUCUGGUAACUGAAGACAACAAAAAGGAAUAUGUACAUUUGGUUUGCCAGAUGAGAAUGACAGGAGCAAUUCGAAAACAACUGGCUGCCUUUCUGGAAGGUUUCUAUGAAAUUAUCCCCAAGCGCCUUAUUUCAAUCUUUACUGAACAAGAACUAGAACUUCUAAUCUCAGGACUUCCUACAAUAGACAUUGAUGAUCUAAAAUCAAACACUGAGUAUCACAAGUACCAAUCUAAUUCUAUUCAGAUCCAGUGGUUCUGGAGAGCUCUUCGGUCUUUUGAUCAGGCAGAUAGAGCCAAGUUUCUCCAGUUUGUUACAGGCACUUCCAAGGUGCCUCUUCAGGGCUUUGCAGCACUUGAAGGAAUGAAUGGUAUUCAGAAGUUCCAAAUUCACCGUGAUGACAGAUCCACAGACCGCUUACCUUCGGCUCAUACUUGUUUUAAUCAGCUGGACCUACCUGCUUAUGAGAGCUAUGAGAAGUUACGCCAUAUGCUGCUGUUGGCCAUACAGGAAUGCUCAGAGGGCUUCGGGCUAGCAUAAUCCUAAGGGGUAUGCAGCACCACUCCCCACUGUUGCUAUUUUUUUCUAUUCUCAGACUUGGGGAAGGAAAGAAGAAAAAAGGAAACUUUUUCCCAAAAAAAUAAAAACCUUAUCCCAAAACAGAAAGACCACAGAAGAAAGCGUAACCAAUAAAUAAAUUAAACCAA